GUUAUAACUCGUGUGAUUAAAGAAAUUUUUAAUCUGAAUUUCUGUCAUGAUAAAUACGAAUGACAACGCGAUCAUCACGGAUAAUCCCAAGAAAUCUGUCGACCUUGCAAAGAAGGAAUUGAGCGCAAUAUUAGAAAAAUUAGACAGCUUAAGGCUUCCGGUUAAAGCUUGGCGAUUGCAUUGCACUCGUUCGCGAUUAAAGCCGACAAAACCAACGAAAGUUCACGUGAGGUACUUGUGGAUCUUUCUAAUUUUGCUGAUUGGUACGUGGACGAUGAUAAUGCAAGUUUGGAAUUACGUGCAGACGUAUCGCUACAACAAGUGCUUGGUAACGAUGCCGUCGUUUAUGCAUCAAGUUUUUCGACCAUCGGAAGACUGCUCAGUUUGCCAGGACGUUCAACAGGUUGAAAAGCUCUCCGCUGUUGAUCCGGCAAUCUUCGAACAACGCUACGCGUAUUCAGGGAAGCCGGUGGUGAUAAACGACGCCAUGGCAAACUGGACGGCGCCUGAAGUAUUCUCUUUCUCAUUUUUCAAAACGUUGUAUCAUAGCGAGAUGGCGAAUUGCCAAUUUUUCCCGUACGAGACGGAUUUUCAGAAUCUGCAGGAUGUCUUCGAUAUGAGCGCGAAUCGGGCCAUGAUGGAGAAGGGCACUAAACCGUGGUACGUUGGAUGGAGCAACUGUGACGACAAAAUCGGCGCGAUAUUGAGGGAGCAUUAUCAAAGACCGUAUUUUCUCCCUCCUAAUUCUGAGAGCGAAAAGACAGAUUGGAUUUUCAUGGGUAGCCACGGUUAUGGUGCACCUAUGCAUAUGGACAACAUCACAUUAAUCGUGUAUCUUGAAAAUGUGAAAUUUUUCAAGGUGGAUGACGUACGGUAUCCUUCCUGGCAAGCGCAGAUAAAGGGUGAAAAAUUGUGGAUUUUGGAACCGCCCAGAGAAUGUCACUACACAUGCAAGAAGUUGGAAAUAAUUGUAUAUCCCGGAGAAAUAAUUGUAUUAGACACAAAUCGAUGGUAUCAUCAAACAAAAAUCGUCUCCGAGGACAUGAGCAUUACUAUUGGUGCUGAGUACGAUUGAAAGUAAAACAACAUUAAAAAUAAGUUAAUUUAAUUAUAUAAUUAAUACAAUACAAUAGUCACUUCAUUCUAUAAUAUUGACAACUAAUAAAUUAUGUGAAGUAAAAAUAAACUUA